AAAAAUCCCUGCAAAAACCACCUACGACUCCUCUCUCUCUCUCUCUCUCUUCCGCGACUUCACCUUUCUCGAAUGCCCCUUCUCUCUUCUUCGCCGAAUUCAUGGACGGCAACGAAAACCCGCCGCCGCCGCCGCCGUCUCUGCUGCACGCCAUCGCGAGCUUCUCCGUCGCCGCCCUCGCCCACCUCUCGUCUCUCUCCGCCCACCCUCUCUUCUCGACCGCCUUCGCCUUCUACGCCCUCGUCCUCCUCUACUUCCCGCGCAUUUUCAUCCGGGUCCUCCUUUCCCCCGUCCUCGCCAUCACCGCCGUCUCCCUGCUCGCCCUCCUCCGCCUCGGCGCCGCCCAACGAGCCCGGGAGCGGGACGACUCUUCCUCCGCCGCCGCGGCCCCCGCCGAAGGAAGCAGGGUCGCAGCCGGCGGGGAGAGCGGGCGGGAUUCUUCUCGCGCCGAUGGCGGCCAAUCAUCUGAAGUGGGUUUCCCUCCGAGCACGCGCUACGAGUGCCGCUUCGUGGAAUGGGACGUGAAGGCGCCUCUGGAAGUGAUCUACGAAGAGUACGAGGGCGAAGGAGACGAGGAAGAAGACGACGACAGUGGCUUCAGCCUUGGGGGACUCGAGAGGUACCCGUCGCUGUCGAUGUGCUAUCCGGAUUCAGACUCGGAAUCGUCCUCGCCGGGCGGCGAUUUCGGGUUCAACUUCGGCUCGGACUCGCCGGAGGAAGGCGCCUUCCGGUGGGACACGGAGGACGGAGGGGAGGGGUUGAUCGAGAUCGCGCUGAAUUUGCUCGGCGGCGAGGAAGACAAUCUGAUCGAGAUCGACAUUUCGCCGGCGAGAAAGUACGGAAGCGAAGGUUAGAUUAGACUCGGCGAAUGCGAAA